GAAUUCAAGUUGGAAUGUUUCACGGUUCGGGAAGACAUGAAAAGUUUGUAGAAAAACUCUGUUUUCUUUCCUGGUCGAGCUUGUUUUGUAUGGAUCAUGGUAUGUGAGGAACCGAUAAGGGUAAGUCAUCCUUCGAUUUCGUGCAUAGCAGUAUUCAUGGGUUGACUGGUUUGUGUUGCACGUAACAGUGUUUGGGCGCGUAAACUUUUAAUGGUCAUAAGCUUAAUUUCAAACUACCCCAGUAGGAAAGCGAAAAUUGACAGCCUUUUAGUAGUUUGUCAAAUUAUAUUUUCGAUUUAGCAAUACUAAGUACACGUGUUGUUUUGUAUUGUUUCGCAUUCUUUGGUAACUGGCAUGGACAGUCCGAGCAACUUGUCGUUUAUUUAAGCUUUAAGCUAAGUAAUGCAAUUUGGUUACUUUUAGUUAAGCUUAAGCUUAAUUAUUUGAAAAAAACAAAAACAAAUCAAGACAUCUAAUUUCGAAGCAGUUUGUGUGACUUGUUAGUAAAUGAAUCAGCGUUAUUUAUGAUAUGCAAAAACUAUAAUUUUAUACGAAUUCUUACCAGUUAUCACGAAAUGUUUAACUGACCUAGGCUUCGAGCUGGUCAUUCCUCUUUUUGUUUAUUGCAACCCUGUUUAUUAUGCACGAAAAUAUGUUUAACGAAGUUAGUAGAAUUACUGCCUCACGACUUGCCUACUACCUUACCCUUUGUUACAGAGAACACAGUGGUAAAAUACCAUCACUGAUCAGUGAUGCAUGUUAAAAAAAGAAAAACACAGCCAGCUAUAUUUUUUAGCUGGCCAUUCAUUAUCAAUAAUUGCAUUGAAGAUGGUUUUCACUGGCAACAGAAGCAGGGUGGUGCGAUAUAGCUGGACACAAAAGGGUGAUAGUGAAAAUCAAAAAUCAAAGUUGCAGGAUCAAAAUUAUAGCAUUUCCAUUUUCUUCUGAUUCCCAGGGCUGUCACUAAAAGCCAGGAUCACAUAUACCCAGCAACUUGAAAUAUAAGUGACAGCCCUGGAUUCCACCUAUGACCACAUCCCUUGGCUAUGGAUAAGCCAUUUCUUAUCUUGUUACAAUUCUGUAAAGCCAAAUCCUGGUAAGAACACUGAGUUAUGUGGUGACAUAAAAUAUGAAUGUUAUACUGAAUCUCUUUUCAAUCAAUCUUAGGCAACCAUAUGGCAUGCUCUUAGCCAUUACGCCUAUGAUGAUGCCAUUUUCCUUGCUGAACGACUUUUUGCAGAGGGUAGGUAUUCUAAACCUCUCUUUCCUGUGGGCAAAAUCCUCUAGUAUUAAAGUUGGGUUAGCAGUAAUCAUAUACCAAUCCCAAUUUGAUAAAGUUGGAUGUUAACUGAUGAAUUGCAAUGAUAUUUAUUCAACUGGCACACUGAUAGACAUGUUAUUCAGUCAAUGAGAAAGGCAACUCGGGUAUAAAAAAUCUAGGUACUCCCUUUAGGUGUAAAACCUACAACCUUCUGGGCUCAGUUGUUCGAAGGCCCAUUAGUGCUUAACCCAGGGUUAAAUUUAACCCGGGUUUCUUUUUCUUUAGUUCAGAAGCAUUUUCUCGGAUAAUUUUCUCUUUUAUGUUUAAGAGCAUGGAAUCAUCAACUUGUUGACAAGAAGGAUUAAACUGAAUUUACUUUUUAAGCUGUCAUGUCUGAAUUCAAAUUUUGCACUAACCCAGGGUUAUCUUAAACCAGCUUUGAACAAACCAGCCCUGGUUACUAGUCUAGUCCAGAUGCUCUACCACUGAGCUACUGGAGACUCAUGUGAGCCAAGGGUGCCAAACUAGGUUCAUUUGACAAACAUCCUACAUACAGCUGCUACUUCAUCAGUUGUACAGUAUGAGAGUCAACUACAUUUCUGUCAUCUUUGAUCCACUUUGCCCAGAAUGAUUGCCAGAUUAGUAGCCUGCUUUACAAAAGGUUCAAGUGUCAAUGAGUUAACCUUUGUAGGUUAUUGAAUACUUAAUUUUUUUUCCUUUUAAUUUUUUAGUUGGAUCUGAUGAUACUCUGUACCUACUAGCCACUUGUUUUUAUCAAGCUGGGUACUGCAAAAGAGCCUAUUCUCUUCUCCAAAGCAAAGGAUGUCCUACACCACUCUGUCGUUUUCUCUUUGCAAAAUGCUGUAUGGAUUUAAAUAAGUAAGUGAAAUUAUUUUUCAGAGGUACAAAAGAAAUUCAGUAUUUUAAUGAAGUGAAAUUGAACCAUUUUGGUUCACUUUUGUGCUGACUUUCUCUAAUUUUACAGACUUGCAGAAGCUGAGAUGGCUCUUACUGGUGGCUGUCUUUUAAACAGUAAACCUCUGGAAGCCAUUGCUUCAGAGUUGGGUUCUGCUGCAGGUUAUGGACUUGCUCUCUUGGGACAAAUCUGCAGGUUUGUUUAAAGUUCAGUGUGAUGUGUGGACACAACUUUAAACAGAGUUUUAUGCAGAUACUUGCAUCUAUUCUGCCUUUGAGUGCUGGUCAAAACUCGUAACUAAAUAAACUCCUUGAUUUUUUACUGUAUCAGACCUUGGGUUCUAGGUGGGAGUCAGAAUCUUAAAUAGAAUAAUCAGCAAGUCAAAGAUGGUACAGUUGAGAUCACGCUAUUGAAGGUGAGAUCCUGGCAAUUCCUAUUCAGGAUCUUGGGUGGCAGGAUCCCAAGUGGGAUUCUAAGGUAGGGCUGCCAGGAUCCUGCCUGAAUGAUGUCAUUCUGCUUCAUAAAUCCCACUGUUAAAUGUGUUAGUAAGGCAAAACCAGAGGAGAUUUGGGGCAGGUAGCAGUCCAAGAACUCUUUAGAGUUUGAGCAUAGAUUUACAAACUUGAAUUUAAGUGCUCUGAAAUUGAAAUACAUUUGAAGUAUUGUGUCAAAACAGUUGACUAUUUCUGUGUAACAGUACUUGAAGUGUAAUAAGAAUUUAUUACUUUAGAUGGUUUAUAUUCCAAUUUUCUCCAAUCGUUAGGAAAGGAGAUCAGUUCACCAAAGCAGCAGAAUGUUUCAAAAGCAGUUUAAAGUACAAUCCAUAUUUGUGGAGUUCAUUUCAGAGUCUCUGUGAAAUAGGUAUACACUGUACUGUGCACUAAUUAACUUAAACUGUGUAAUCUUUUACUUAUCCCUGGGAAGUUCCUUGCCAAAUGUUAAAUCUUUUUUACAGUAACUAAACUAUUCUCAUACACUUUUUGGUCAAGGGCUGUUGUGAAUAAGAGUUCAGUAAAUGGAAAUGGUACAAUGGAGGCAUAAUAUUUUUCUUUGUGUUGUGCAUGCAUGCAAUUUACUGAAAACCUUCGCUAGAAUUUAGCUUUUAAAUAUUUCAUUGUUGUUGACAAUGAUAUUUGACCACACCCUAAUAAUAUUAUUAUGGAAGAAAUUUGUGACAUAGAACUGUUCAAACUUUGCUUUGAGAUCACACAUAUUUCACCUGGGAUUUGAACAUCUUGGCAUCAUUAGAGUGUAGAUCAUGGGAAAUUGUUGUUUAUGUCAAUGUCGUACCAUGUGUUUGUGUUUUACAGGACAGAGACCCGAUCCUGCAGAUUACUUUAAAUCAUCAUCUUGUCCAAAGAUCACAUCUUCCAUAACACACAGAGAAAACAUGACAGUUGGGUCUACGACUGUUCCGAUGGAUACAUCAACCCCCUCAGAUAACCAGCGGCGUAAUAUCAACUCAGUUGCAUCUGAGAAUUUAGACCCAUCCCAGCAUGUCACACCAGAAAACAUGAAUGUGCUAAUUGCGCCCACCUUUGCUUCAAAUAGAUCAGGUUCAAUUGAAUUGUCCGGAGGCAACUCUGCUAUGCAACCUUCAUCUUUAAUCACAGGAGAGAAAAGGAUACGGCAGAGAGUUGGACGAAAUCUGUUAGGAGCAUCACAGCCAUCUAGCCCACUGACACCAAGGUAGGAUUUACUGAGAACUGAAAACACUGAGAAGGUUGCUUCCCUUUUGUUCAUAACCUGCCCUUGCUAGUCUACUUAGUAUGAUUAUGAGGCUCUGUUAGGUUAAAAUUCCGACAGGCAACAUGGCCUUGAAGCAGCAACACGACACAGACAAGAUGGAAUGGGGACAAGCUACAGGGAGAUGGCUAAUACCAAGAGGGGACGGGACAUGGCCUAGUCCUCAAUAUGCAAAACUUGUUUAUAACUGUUUUUUAAAAUUUAGAUAAGGAACGUACGUAUGUAACCCCUCCCCAUCCCCCAAGGGGUCUUGAUCAUGUGAUUAUAAAGGAGACAAAUGAAGGGUUUAGUUUCUAAAGACACUUAUGUGUUGUAUAAGUGGGGAAGUUUAGUACAGAGAUGAAAGGCUGAUGAUCAAAAAGACAACUUCUUAAUUCCCCUAGGAUGGCUCAUUUGAUAAAACCAAAUCUUUGUUUUUUGAUUAUCAGUUUUGGAAUGCUGGCCUCAGAUUCACCAUCUACUGAGCAGAAGACGUACAUUACCCCUUCUCCUGUCACUGCUGAUGGCCUUGCACCAAAAGCACCAGUAAAAAAGGUUUGUACAUGAGAUUUAUUCCUUCCUUUGUCUUCAACUGAGGGAAAUUUUGGUUUGAUGAUGCAAUGCUGCUGGUUUAUGAAGAAGUUUUGCCUAUUUUCUUAUCUAGGUUGGUACUCGAAGGAGUGAUUCAGCAUGUAAGCUUGUGACGUCAAAUACAUCAAGUGUCCAUAGUAUUCACACCCAGUCAUCUCAAGGUCCUGGCCAUCAGACGUACUCAUCAAAUGCACCGGGUGUACGACGCAGUACCCGACUAUUUGCGCUGUCAACAAAUAGUGGCUCUGGUGGAAACUUUGAUUCAAACUAUAAGGUACCAUAUUUUUUUAUUGAGUAGAACAAUCAUUGACAGGGUUCUAGGGUAGUUUAUCGUCGUUGAACAGCUAAUAUUCAUGAAGCAAACACCAGAAUAGACUGCUUGCAGUCUGUCUUUUCUGUUAGAUCCAUCAAGUUCUUACUGAAAGUGAGUUCAUAGCGACGAAAAAUGCUUAUAUCCAGCAUCCCCACCAUGCUCAUUCCCUCAUUUCUUGUACCUCACAGCUUAGCUUUGCCCCUUGGGCAUGCUACCCAAGUAACUUUGAAUAAAAUACGAGAAAAACUAAGAGGCUGCUUGUAGUUUAACAACAGCAUUUAUUUACCAGCAAACACUUUUACAAAUUAGGCAUCAUUCACAAAACUGAUUAAUAAUUUAUGAAGGGAAUAAUAAAGGAACUAAUUUGAAACUACUUUAUUCUCCAAUUUAGGAAAGAAGAGCAAAAAGUGCUAAAGUAACAGGCUCUCCUAGGACUUUAGUCAGCAAUGUUAUGAAAAAGGUAUCCUGGAUCACCUGGCUUUGUAACAAAUUAAAUAUUGGGAGUACAAGAUAAUGUUGUUUAUUAUUCACUACCAAGACUGUACUAUCUUCAAAUUGUCACUGGAACCCAGAAGUAAAUGCAUCCUGUUAAUUAGGCAUCUGAGAUCUGCCAUUUCUCCAUCUAAUGUUCUGUAGCCUAUGACUUUUUUUAUUCAGACGUGGAGCCUCUUUCAAAAUAUUCUCCUGUGACAUUAAACCUUUCUCGCACUACUAGAAUUCUUAAUGAAUACCCUUUGUGAGCAGCACCAACAUAUCUGAACCAUCAAUUUCUGCUUACACCGUGAUAUUUGAUUUGAUUUGAAUUUGACUUUGUCAGAUGUGUAUCCAUUCUAAAUUUAUUGUAACUUGGAAUUGUUUGUUUCUAGACUAAUCGUCAGACAAGAAGCUCCACUCCACAGCCUUUAACACCAUGUGUUGAAAAUGUGAUUCAAGGAGAGUCCUCUGCACAGCAGAAUUCUGAGGGGAAGGGACAGGGGAAAUUGUCACCCAUUCAGAGUAGUAUGGGUAGGAAGAAAAACACCAUUGUUAAAUUGGAAAAACAGAAAACAACUACCAGAUUUAAUUAAAUAAGCAGUGUGAUUUUCAUUCAGUUCAGAGCACUGUAAGGGAACACAGACAGCUCAAAAUCCAUGCUAAUUCAAACCUUUUUCCAUUAUUUCUAGCCGAAAAGGGAAAUUGCUUUUGAGGUUGCUUCUUUCAGAGGGUCGUUUUAGGGGGUCGCUAAUUUUGGGUCUUGUCAAAACACCUGUGAAAUUUUAUUGCUUCUUUCAAAGGGUUGCUACUUUCAGUGGGGCCAUAUUUUUUGGAACUUUGUGGUAAAUCUCUUAGUAAGUUUGAACUCAUUAGCUCAAACCCCCACUAAGGUAAAUUACUUUUCGUCUCCCAUGAGAGUUUGAUUGCUUUAUUUUGCUCGACUUUAUUCACAGAUGGUUUAAUGUCAUUGCUGAAACAAAUAGGCCAAGGAUAUGUUUACCUGAGUUCUUACGAGUGCAAGCAAGCAUUGUCUGCGUUUUCAUCAUUAGCAACACACCAUUAUAACACAGGAUGGGUGUUAACCCAAGUGGGCCGUGCCCACUUUGAACUGGCAGAAUAUCGCCAGGUAUGAACUUAACCUCAUGUUGAUAACUUGCCGGCGAGUCCUUAUAUUGAGAGAAAGUCCCCCAAAAAUUAGAUCCUUACUAAAUGAAUGAGUUUGUAUCUGUUUUAUUUAAGAGUUCAGGGAAUGGUUGUAAUGUAAUUUUCGGGAUUAUUAGAGUUCUUUUUCUUAAUGUGUGAACUUAUACGUCAUCAGUAGUCUUGGUGUACUUUAAGGAAUAAUAUUGGCUUAUAUGAAUAUGUUAUCUGCUUUGUAGGCUGAGAAGAUUUUUGCUAAAGUCAGACAACUAGAACCCUACAGACUUGAAGGUAAAAUGAGUAAUAUACAGAUGCCCCAGUAAACACCACUCUUCAAUCUGUUAGUGUAAAAUCAGUCAAUAAAAAGUAUUUCAAGUUUUUAAAUAGCAAUAAAGAUAUUAAGAUUUUUGUUUUAAAGAAUAUGCACAUUUAUUUCUUACAUGACGAUGUGUGUUUUUGGUUCUGACUUAGAGCCUUCCAUAGUUUGUGUGAGUUGUUACAAGCUCUGGCUACAUUAAUUUAAUAUUAUUACUUCAUUCUGCUGUUUUUCUUUGUUUGUAGGUAUGGAAAUCUACUCAACCACUCUUUGGCAUCUGCAGAGUGAGGUUACUCUUUCAGCUCUGGCUCAGGACUUAGUAGAAGCUGACCGUACAUCGCCACAGGUGAGAAAAUCAACGUCAAUGACUACAGAAGAAUAAUUCAACACAAGCAUCAAGUUACAACCUUCAAAUAAUUUAAAACCCUUACAUUCCCAAAGUUAGCAUAUUAUUGACAAAUACACUGUAUCUUGUAGUUCAGUCUUUUGAGCCUGUGUGGAAAAUUUCCUGGUGUGAACAUUUUAAGGAAACUUCAUUUCUCAGAUAGGAAAAAAAAAUUUUGUACUUCCCUCUUCGCAUGAGUUUUGAUAAAUGGGGAACUUUUUUGCCAAUGAUCCUUUCAGGCGUGGUGUGCUACUGGAAACUGCUUCAGUUUGCAAAAGGAACAUGAUACAGCUAUCAGAUUUUUCCAGCGUGCAGUUCAAGUUGAUCAAGGGUUCACAUAUUCCUACACAUUGCUUGGACAUGAGUAUGUACUCACAGAAGAGCUGGAUCGAGCCAUGUCUUGUUUCCGUCAGGCAGUUAAGACUGAUCCUCGUCAUUACAAUGCAUGGUAAGUUUUCGUAGCUUAUUUUCACAAGUUUUAAAAUUAAUAAAUUUUAGCAGAUGUACAUUGGACCUUUUUGUUACUGGUUUCUCUUAAUUCUGUUUUCACCCACUAAAACUCUCAACAUAAAUUUUGUUUGCAGGUAUGGUAUUGGUAUGAUAUACUACAAACAAGAGAAAUUUAACUUGGCUGAAAUCCAUUACAGGAAAGCUUUGUCAAUAAACCCAUCCAGUUCUGUUUUGUACUGUCAUGUUGGUGUGGUAAGUUAAUUAAAAAAUAGAACAAUCUCAAGUGGCACAAGGUAUAUGUUUUCCCUUGACCAAGAAGUAGCUAGAACUUGGGAGCCAUGUCAAUGCUCAUCCUCAAACACCCAGGGGCAGAAAGUGGGGUGAGGCCAAGACGUCUAAACAGGAAACCUUUUCAAUUUUUUAAUUCAAUGACUGCAAAACUCACCAAACGCGUUAUUAAUUUAUUAUGUUUAGUGCUCACCGUGAUGAAAUUUGUUUGAUGUCUUUUUGAUAACUCUACAGGAGUAUGUUGUGUACAGGUAAAGAAGAAAUAACUUCAGCACAGAAUUGACCUAAACCAGCAAUUUCCUUGUGAUAAAGCACUUUAAAAAUACCGUUAAAUUCCGAAAAUAAGCCCUGGGGCUUAUAUUUUUCAAAGGCCCCUUUUGAGGGGCUUAUUUUUGGAGGAGGCUUUAUUCAGAGGGGCUUAUGGAUGGAGGGAAAUUUGCGUUAUAAAAUCGGUUGGGCAAGCUUGUAGUGGAAAGGAAAUUUACCUUUUUUUCUUUGUUUUACUUUGUAUUCAAGGGCAAAUUCCAAAUAAAAGCCCCCCCAGGGGGCUUAUAUUUGGAGGGGCGAUUUAACGGAAAGUUUUUUGCAUUACAAUUUUGGGGGGCUUAUUAUUUUUGGAAUUGUACGGUAUCUGUGAUCUUUGAUGUAUAAUCACUAACAAACUUCUUUUACUUGUGAUAAAACCUUAGGUUCAACAUGCUAUGAAGAAAUCUGAAGCAGCUCUGGUCACAAUCAACAAAGCCAUGAAAAUUGAUCCUAGAAAUCCCCUCUGCAAGUUUCAUCGUGCCUCAAUCUUAUUUUCAAUGGAAAAACAUCAGGUACAUGGAUUAGUAUUUUUUUUUUUUUUUUUUUUGGUUAGUUCUGCAGGGUUCUUUAUUUGUUGUGCACAAUAAUGUCAGCUGAAUUAAAAUGAUUAAAAAUUGUGCUAUAGUUGAAGCAGUCUUGCAUAUGUGUGAUGCACAAUGCAAAACAUAGCCUCCAAGCAAUCCCUCCAUGCAGAGUCUUUGUUAUUUUUGAUUUUUCGAUUUUUUUUAUUACUACUAUUAUUGUAAAAAAGUUACCAUAAUACAACAAAGGUACAUACUAUAGUAAAACAAGUUAGCCAUGUAACUAAAAAAAAACGCCAAUGAAAGCAUACGAUUACUAAUAAAAAAAAGUAGAUAAUUCUAUGUCAUUAACCCGAGAAGUCACAAGGUAUGUCAGAAAUGCAUGAGGAGGUCCCCUAAUUUCUGUAUUUGGAGUGGUUUGCAGUUUGGGGGAGUCACAUGACGUCACAUGAGAGCUGCAUGCAAAGCAUUCUCUUGCUCGCAGGCUGUGCAAAACUGUCUUGAGCUAACUGCCAACAAAAGGAGACAUCACCUAAGAGGGGAGGAUUACUAUGAGAGUACAAUUUUGUGUGUGAACCUUUUUCACUAAGUGGUUAUAGUAUGUUUGAUUAUAUUUUUCUGUUUUGUGGAUCAGGAGGCUCUGGAUGAACUUGAAGAACUUAAAAAAAUUGUACCACAAGAAGCGUUAGUCUACUUUUUAUUAAGCAAGGUUUGUGUCCCUUGUAGCAUUCAUUGGUAACCUUCUAAAUGGAUAGUGGAACUUUUUACUUAUAUUUUUUUAUCUUUGUAAAAUUUUUAUACUUACAAACUUGAACAAUGGAAAUUUGUAUUUUAGUCACUAGAAUAUUUUAUAAUGUAAGAAAGAUUGUUUUUUGCAAGGGGGAUGGAGAUGUCCAAACAUUGUACAUUUUGUCACCCUGUAUGUGUUAGAAAUCCUAAUGGAAUUCUCUUUCUUGUGUUUACUUACAGUGCGCUAAAUUUUUUCAGGUUUACAAGAAACUGGGGCAGAAUCAUCUGGCACAGAUGAAUUUCUCCUGGGCAAUAGAUCUUGAUCCAAAAGGAGCUAACAAUCAAAUCAAGGAAGCUAUUAAUAAGCGAUAUCUCCCAGACGAUGAGGAUACAACCAUGGGACUUGAUGCAGCAGAUACCACAUUAGAGCAUUCUUUGGGAAUGUCUGAUGAAGAUCACAUGGGAGUGGAGAGUGACUGAGAAAGAACUGGGACCAACUAGUCCCAAUGCUUCUCAUAACCAAGUGGCCGCGCUGGUCAAGCAGCAAAAGUCGCCCAUUUUCUCAACAACAAUCAUGCUUACUAGUUCUGAAAUGGGGUUUAAUUAUUUGGGUCCAUGACUGUGAUCUCGUUGUUUCAUACCCUCUCUGUGGAUCUACUACUUGAGUCUGAAUACCAUUCCAAUGUGUAACUCUUAAAAUGAUAGUUACUAUGCAGUAAUAUUCUGUGACAUUGUUUCUUAUUCUUUAUAAUGGUCCUAAAUUUUUUAAUCCAUGUGUGACGGUUUAAAUGGAAGAUAAUGAGGGUUGUUUCCUUUGGAGCUGUCCUUUGAGGUUCUCGAGUUGGCUGUAUUUUUUUAUUAUUCUUUGGAUAAAAAUAAGUGACCAUUCGAAUGAAGUCUGUUUUUAACUUCUGAUUCUGAGUCGUUUUUGUAUCUCAGUUCAGAUGAAAGCUGCUGAGCAGUAGUAGUGCUGUUUGCUCUCUUGUUAACGUAAAAUCCACGUUUUAUAAUUGACUUCUAAUUGGGGAAAGUACAAUGCAGUUAUCUCCCUGUUACGAAGGUUGAGAUAAAUGAAUCGACCAGUGUGUUCCUCAUGCAUUUCAAUUUCCAUAAGUAUCAAGAGAAAUCUAUAAACCUACAAGGUUUAUCGAUAUAACGUUACUUUUUGAUACUGUCAAAGAUAAUACACGGUUAUGGCAACGCCUUUAUCAGUUUUGAACUUCUUAUUGUCUAUAUAUCCCUGUAUUACCUCACGCAAAUCCUGAUUGCUUGGGAAAUGAAAGGUUUAGAAUUUAUAUUUCUUUUUGCACAUUUGACACAGAAUUAGUAGGAUGCAAGAAAUAAAAGAGAAAAGAUUAUUAUUUUUUUCAAAUUCUCCAAUAUAUUUACUUUACUUUGAUAUGCUGGUUUUACUAACACAUCAGUGUCUUGUAUCUGGGUUAUGUAAAUUGUAAAUUAAUUUGUAUUAUGCGAUAGGAGCAUGCAAAGCUCUAAACAUUCUCACUUUUGAUUUAUUCACGCGACUUCAGGCGCAUAGUCUGCGUGCAGGCGCGAAAAGGGGCAGCUACACGCGCGCGGCGCUCAUGGAGAGGUGCCUUGUUUAGUAUGGUAACCAUGGCAAUUUAACUUGUAGAAAGGCUUCUUGUGGGGUUUUCACCAGACUCGUACGCAGUCUCUUUUUAGGUGUUUUGGGGGUGAGAGAAGAUUGGGGGUUAGGUUGAGGCGCCCUGGGGGUCUCAUGGGAAGGGACCUAACCCCCAAUCUUCUCUCACCCCAAAACACAUAAAUAGCGACUGGGUACGAGUCUUGGUUUUCACAGUGCAGUGGGCAGACAAAAAGUUACUUUUUUCUUUUCUUUCCUCGAAGUGUAAAUUAAGAUCUCCCUUAUAAUGUAAUGAUUGAACGCUUAUGAGAUCAAGCUGCGUAAGACUGCUCUGAGCUGUAAAAAAAAUGCCAAAUCAGUACAUGGAGUGUUUGAAAUAACAGUAGAUAAGAGAGAAUGACUUGCAUUUUGCAGAAAACAAAAUGAAUUUACUGUUUGUAAAAUAUCUUUAGGAUACGUUUCUUUAGUCUUUCACAUAACCGUUGUCUCCCCUUGGCUAUGGCUGUCCUUGGAGAAGGACAAAUCUUAAAACAAAAGAAUCUGCAAGAUUUUAUUGUUUGUAAUUGCUGUACUAAUUUUGCAAUGAAUUAAAAUAUUUACAC